AUGGAUGCAGAAAUCACUUCCAACACACAUCCCUCCAAGUCCACGAAGCUCAAGGCGAGCUGUGACUUUUGUGCCCUGUCCAAGGUUAAAUGUGACCGAGGACAGCCAAAAUGUAUGCGAUGUGUGAAAAGCGGAGUAAACUGCCAUUAUAGCGAAAGCCGUCGAAUCGGCAAAGCUCGACAGCUCUAUGCAGCAUCCAGAACGGGGUCUAACGGCCCUAUCAUGCAAGGUACCUGGCGACAGCAGAAAUCGAACCCCCGCGGGAGUCGCGCUGCAAGUCCGUUACCAAACCGGCCGCCUCGUCAUGCCCACUACCAGCCAUCCGAUUACCCUCUGAACCAUCUCGAUAGUUUCCUCUCCCAGGCUCCCGAUCCUGUUGGGUCUUCCCCCAGUCACACCAAUAAUACGCACUUCUAUCCCUAUCCUAAUAGGUCAGAGGCCUUGGUUACAUCGUUCCCGAGCCCUGAGUCGCCAGAGGGGAUCCUAUGGAACGUGGCAGAUACAGUAGAUUUGGAUAUGGGGGAUAUGGAACAGAUGCAGGGAUUCGAUAUACAAGGGACCCAGACGUGGGACACGAGGGCGCACACCAAUUUUCCGAACGACGAUGAUGCUACAAACUGUAUUAAGCGGGCCUCUACCGUCCUCCAGAGCCUCUACGAGCCAGGGGCAUCAUGUGCCCGAUCAGAUGACGUUGUGCCGAACAAGAUGCAGACACUAGAUGCGGUCCUGAAUAAUAACCGCAAGGCUAUGGACACUGUGCAGACCGUUCUGGACUGUUCUUGUGCCCAGGGAAGGAGCGUGGCGAUAUUAUUAGCCCUCAUCAUGCACCAAGUAAUUGACUCCUACCGGACGCUCCUGACGCAGCAAGAAUCGGCGGCGGUGUCAACGUGUGAGCGAGCACCGUCGACAGCUGACCUUUCCGGGUAUGCUGUGCCCAUGGCCAUUGGACAGUACUUCCUGGAUGAUGAGAUGCGCACGCACGUCGUUCUUCAGGUCCUCCGGUCCGAGUUGGAGAAAAUGGGCGCUGUCCUGGACACUUUCGCCCGGUAUGCCCAGGGAAUGGGCAAACAGACCGAGGAGACUGUUCUUGGGACGUACAUUAGUUCGCUACGGUCCUGUAGGCGAAGCCUUUUGGAUUCUCUCAAAAAUAGAAAUACCUCUAUCUAG